UUCAGUACACAUACAUCAACCAAUCAAAAUGAGUUUCGCAAACAAAGUAGUGUUGGUAACUGGGGGAAGUUCUGGGAUAGGGGCGGCUACUGCCAUCCUUUUCUCUCAAGAAGGUGCUAAUGUGGUUAUCGUAGGAAGAAAUGAGACAAAACUAGCUGAUGUCGCCAAAAAGUGCUCAAAUCCUUUGGUAAUCAAAGCAGACGUAACAAUCAUGGAAGACGCUAAGAGAAUAAUCGACGAGACGAUCCAAGCGUAUGGCAAGAUCGAUGUCCUAGUAAACAACGCAGGAAUAGUGAGAUACGGAAGUAUAUUGGACGAGAACAUUCUAGAAACCUUUGACGAGUUGAUGGAGACAAACGUAAGAGCAUUAUUCCACGUAACUUACUUGGCUGUCCCACACAUAAUAGAAACGAAAGGAAAUAUAGUGAACAUAUCAAGUAUUGCUGGCAAAAUAUACCCAGAUUCCAGUCUAAUGGCUUAUGGAGUAUCUAAAGCAGCAGUGGACCAUUUAACUAGAGGGCUCGGUCUACAACUAGCGAAGUAUGGAGUGAGAGUGAACAAUAUAAGUCCAGGGCCAACUGUAUCUGAUAUUUUGAUUAAUGCUGGCAAUGAUAUGCCUUGGGAAGCUCUUGCACCGGCUAUGCCGUUAGGUAAAAUCUGUGACGCUGAAGAAAUAGCCGAUAUGAUAAUGUUUUUGGCCAGUGAUAAAGCUAAGAGCAUAACCGGCGUUGAUUAUGUGAUUGAUAAUGGCAAGAUGCUGACAAAGUAGAUUUUUGAUUGAUGUAUAAGGCAAGAUUAUUGCUUGUUAGUUUAUCGUUUUGGUGUUGAUAUUAAAUUAAUUAUGUUGUUAAUGCAAUUGUGUAAUGUUUAAGCUUCUAGUAAAAUUGUAGUUUGAAAUUGAAUUGUUGCUUUUUUUAGACUUAAUGCACUGUAUCUUUAAUAAUAAAUGUGUCACA